AUGAAACCUGACCCGCUGUUCAUCCCACUGACCACAUCGCGUGUUGAGGAUCUGAAUACUGCGAGCACGCUGAGCACACUUGCCUUCAGUCUGACCAAGGUGUAAGUAGGUAAACCGCCCUGCUGAUUCAUCUUAAGGUUGUACAUAAGGCUGAGACUGCGUCCUUAAACGCCUUCACGAUGUCUGAGACACGAUCUGGGGCGAAAAGAAGUUGUGGGACUCCUGGAGGAUCAAACGAGGUAAAGAUGAAAAAGACACUGGAACCAUGCCCGGGUCAAAGCAGAGAAGACUGCACAGAUCCAAAGGAAACAGAGGCGAGCUGCAAAAAUGGUGUCAGCACCGAAUCGAAGAAAUUGGAUUUUAUGGCCGAACUAUCUGGAAAGAAGGAAUCAAUCUCCAGAACAAUCCAAAUGAAACUUCAAAAUAUACAAAGAUUAAAGGCAAGCAUUGUCGAGGCACGUAAGGCAAGAACACGCAUUCAAUCGGAAAUUCGAUGUGCCAGCCACGCAAUUAUCAGUCAGUUUAGACAGAAAGAGAAAGAGUUGAUGGACACACUUGAUGGAGUGUCUGAGAACCAGUUUGGGCUGUUAUCAGAUUAUGUGAAUCAAAACGAAACAGACAUUCAGUUGGCCAAUCAGAAAAGGGUUGUUCUCAAGAAGAUGCUUGGCGACAACGACUUGAUGGAACUACAUCCUGCUCAUGAGAACCUUCUAUCAGGACUAACAGAAGCUGAAGAUCAGGUUGUACGCAUUAUAAACGAUGUCUUCGUAUCACAAGACAUUGGAAAAGUCAAGAAGGGCAUUGAAGACCUUUCCUUUGGUCAGCUUGAUUGUACAUUCCAGGAUUUACAUGAUCGCUCGUCUCGUCCAAAACUUUUGAAUUCGACCACUGUUACCCUAAAAAAAGAAGGACAUUUUUGCCAUAUAUUUGAUAUAAUUGUCCUUGAUGUUGAAGGCAUCAAGACCAUUGUUGUGUCCGACCUCGGCAAUAGAAAAGUGAAGUCCUUUUACGUUAGAAAUGGCAAAUCUUGCCAUAGCGAGUAUAUCGUGGCCACACCUCAUGAUCUAAUACACCUGAAACAAAACCAAGUGAUGGUAUCAGACCCUCAUACCUACAGCAUAUCGAUACUAGCCGUCACGCCUGACCUCAUUUACCUCUCUGAUAUCAACACAAGCUCGUGUUAUCGGGGCCUACGUGUGCUAACCUCUUCCACGCUAGUAGGGUGUGCGGCAGGGGCGAUUGAUAUCUUGAACAUGAAGGGGAAGAAACCCAAACCCAUUCGGUCUUAUGUCAGUAGGGACGACCGUGGUUAUGACAGGUUGUGUGUUACAAGAACUGGAAACAUACUGGUGUCAUACUCGUGUCCAACUGUCCAGUCUCUCGUUUGCCUGACACCACAGGGAGAUCAAUUGUGGGAGCACUUCCCUGCUGAGGAUGGGGCGUUCAGAAGACCCUCCGCUGUGGAGACUACCAGAACUGGGGACAUCCUUCUGGCAGACUAUGAAACCAGCAGGGUGAUCCAGCUGACCGAGUCUGGGCGGUUUGUCAAGGACAUUCUUGUGCCUGAAGAUGGACUGGCUCCUCCCACUGCCUUGUAUCUAUACAAUGAGAGACAUCUAUUUGUUGGUAGUGGUGGAGAAGUGAAGGAGUAUCUUUUGCCCUAAAUGAACAUACCUUCGAAAGCCAAAUCAAUAUAGGCUGGCACACCCUACAUACGCUAUAAAUGAAGUUAUUACAAGCAGAUAAUGUUAUUGUUACGUUUCUGGUUUAUAUUUGUUGAUUGUUUAACUUGUUAAUGUCCAUAUGGUUUGUUUGUUUGUUUUUGGUUUGUUUUUUGGUUUUUGUGUGUGUUUUUGUUGUUGUUUGUUUUUAUUUAUUUCUAGAGAUUAUGUCCCAUUUAUGACGAACACCUAAUUGACAGACAGUCAAUUGACAGACACUGAACUAGAAGAUUAAUUAGGACAACACCUACGGGUAUAAGGGAACAGUCCACCGUCUAGGUAGUAGAGUAGGGUGAGCCUGAAACUGAGAAGUUUGAUUGUGUGUAAAUAGGAGUUUGUUGUGAUUAAAUGAUAAUCUGU